AUGGAUGCGCAGAAUGCUGCCGAGCCCGCCUUCACGAAGCCUGCUGCUUCUCCCAAGCGGCCAGGCAGCGACUCCGAUCACCCCAAGCCCGCCGCCGUAACAAAGUUGUCUAGCGUCGCCAAACCCGAGCUUUCCCACAGAGAGAACAGGCCGAGUGCCUCCUCUGCACGCCCUAGCGAUGAAGAUGGAGCCGCCGACGGGAACUCGGAUGCCGAGACGAUCGUGUUGCCGGGCAAAGAUGGCCACUCGCCGUCCAAAGUACGCAAAAUCAUCAAGCACGAGAAGAGCGACACGGAUGAGGCCCCCUCUUCAUUGAUCAACCUGAGGCACGCCCCCAUGAUGCCGGAGCGUGAGAGUGACAAGGGCGACCAAGGCCGCCGCCCCGAAAAACCGGAGAGGCCCACGUUGGUUACCGGGGCCGGAUCGCACGAAAGCACCACCCCGUCCAUUCUCGGUAAGAAGAAAAAACACCUGGACAAACCCACGGUCAAGGACAAGGUCAAGGACGGGUCUAGCGGCCUGAGCUCCGCGCCUGGAUCUCCACCUCAGCCCCAGCGACGCCGCCGUUUGUCGAAUGCCCACUCGAGGUCGGAUUCUGAGACAGCGCCUGUGGACUCGACAAAACCCUCGACGAAAGACAAAAGCAAACCGCUCGACAAGGCGGUGCCUCCCAAGCGCAAAGCGCCGAGGCCCGACUCUGACGACGAGGCCGAGAACCGCAAGAUCCGGCGCCAACGCACCUCGGGCUCUGUUCACCGCCGCAGCGCCUCGACGCAGCUUCUCACGCACUCUAAUGGUUUAAGCCAGAAGAAGAAGCGGGUACCGGCUCCGCUCCAGUCGACCGACUACCACUCGGACGACUCGUCAGCGAGUGGCAGCCCACACCCGCGCAGCUCCAAACUUCGCGGAUUGGCGACUCCCGCCACCGCCGAUUCCACCGUUUCUCCUGCCAAAAUGGCGCCGCACAAGAAGCAUCUCGAUGCCCACGGCCAGACCUUUCUUGCUAGAGCUUGCGCUAAGGGUGAGUACGACACAGCAAAACAUAGGCUACAGGACCGUCCCGAGGACAUCAACGUGGCCGACUAUGCUGGCAACACGCCGCUGCAGAUCGCUGCACUUAAUGGCUACGACGAUAUUGUUAAGCUGCUCGUGGAAGCCGGUUGCAACCUCGACUGCGUCAACAAUGACAAAGACACCCCUCUGCUAGACGCCGUGGAGAACGGCCACUUGGACGUCGUCAAGAUCCUUCUCGAUGCCGGCGUGAACCCCCGCAAGGCCAACGCGUACGGCCAGGAGCCGAUCGAUCGGGUGAACGAUGAGCUUGACUUUGCGGAUGAGAUUAGAGGGGCUCUGAACGACGCCAAGCAGAAGAUGGGCGAGCGACGACGAACCUCGGAAGAGCAUCAUACAGACUUGGCGGAUGCUCGCUCAUCGUACGGCCCCGACAGUCCGAGGAGGUCACCCGGUGCACCGAGCUCCAUCCACGCCGGCGCCGGCCGGAGAGCCGGUACCGUCCGCGCGACCAAGACUAGUAAUCAUCUGCUAUACAUGCCCAUGGACGACAAGACCCUUCGUUCGGCGGCCGCCCGUGGCGACGAGGAGACGGUGACGCGCAUUCUGCAAGUGAGGGAAAACUUCGACGACCCGGAAUCCAUGGUUGCCGCCGCUAGAGGGGGUCAUGAUAUUGUCAUGCAGCUCUUGCUAGCGUUGGGGAGGGCGAAUCCUGAUCCGUUACCCAUCCCGAGUCCGAACAGCGAGCACUCGACCCCCAUGUUGGCCGCGAUUGGCCAGGAAAACAUCAAGGUCGUUCGGCUUCUUCUCGACCAGACCGAUUUCGACCCUACCCGUCGGAUCAAAGGAGAGGCCUAUCACGAAAUUGCGAGAAGGCGCCGGGGCCCAAACUGGAUGGAGGAAGAACACAUGCUGAAGGACGCAUACGACGAGCAUCGGAAGUCGCACAAGGAUAUCUCAAAAAACCGAUCACCCAACAGGCGAGAAGUAGACCGCGAGCCGAGGCGCAGGCUGGAAACGAGGGACGAGUCCGCCAAACCUCUCAAAAGGAAGGCCAUAAGCCCGACAAGGGAGGUCAAAAGACUUACCGCUGCCAAACUCUCGGCUAGCCCCAAGGAGAAGCGACGAGCCAGCUCUUUUACCGCCCACCAAGAUGACCAGACCUCCCCGAAACGCGGGCCUGGA